CCAAGCCAUCAACAUGCUUAUCUAAUACCUAAUUUUGAAUAAUUUUUAGCAUCGAAGAAUGUUGAUGCUUUGGUACUGACUUAUCGAACCCCUACAAAAGCAUCCAAGCGUGAAGUAGGAUUGGAAAACAAUUUGAUGAGAGGAACGAAGAUGAAGCGAGAAAAAGGAGGAGGAGGAGGGCCACCAGCAGCAGCAGAGAACCCUAAAAUUUCUGCAGGCAAAGGCAAAUCAAGAAGUAGCCGAUGGGACAAAGAGCAGCCCAAGGAAUCGAAGCCAAAUUCUUCCAAGCUUCAACCGUCAGCAGAUCCCGAGGAAGCCAAGGUGGCCGUGGAACCGCAAGAUACGACCCCGCAACCUGCAGAGCGCACACAAGCUGGACCAUCGACAUCUUCUCAGAACCCUCAGGCGGCAGGUGAUGCAAACAGCCCUGCGCAAUGGAAGGCACCACAGGCGCCGCCUCAGAUAGGCUUCGAGGUGUUGGAAAAACGAUCCAUCAUCAUGUCCGAUGGCACCUCUCGCUCUUACUACGCUGUACCCUCUGAUCCUUCGCAUCCAUCACCCUCCUUCGCAGGUAACAAUGCAUCUACCCCCUACUUUGAUAAUGCAAACUUUGGUAUGCGUGAUUCAAUCCCCGGUCCUUACCCUGGCCAAGAAAUAAAUAAUCCAUAUAACCGGCCUGAAAAUCUUCAAAGGGAAGCUGAGAUUGAGAGGUUCUACGCAGCAAAUCCCACGCGGCCUGGCGGCCCUGUUUAUGAAGCUUCAGCUUUCAAUGGUCCAAACAAUCCAUUUGGUGCAAAUAGUGAGUCGUUUCCUAGAGAAGCUCAACCUGUUGAAGGUUCAGUUCCAAGGGAUAGGGAUUCUCAGUAUUUUGAGGCUGGGCGUGAUAGGGAUUUCUUCAGGCCCGAGGGGCCCGGCAGGGAAGAACAUCUUUAUAGGAAUUCGGGCCCAGCAGCUUCUGGCAAUGACAUGGAGUAUAUGCGGCACAUGCGGGAAAUGGAAGCACAGGAUUAUUAUAGCAAAGAACAGGAACGGGCGAGGUUUUCCCGCAUGGAAGAUGAUUCAAUGAGACAGAAGAUGCCUGCAAUAGCAAGAUCAUAUGACAGUCCACAUGGGGCAUCUGCGUCAGGGGUGCUGCCUCAUGAUAGGGAACAGUGGAUUUCACCAUCCCGCAUGGCGGGACCCAGUGGCUUUACAAACAGAGGGAGACAAGAUUUGCAGUACAACAACAGUCCACUGACUAGGAAAAGGGAGGAAGAUCAUGAUUACCAUCGGCCUUCCAAAUAUCAGAAACAUAAUGAUGGUUAUGAUAGGGCACCGCUUGAUGGUCGCCCCCAUAAUAGUGAUGUGCAGUUUGGUAGCGAGCCUAUGCAUGCUUUAGGUGCUGCUGAUAUUAGUGAGGAUUUCAAGCAAAAUAUUCAGAAAGCCUUUCUUCGACUGUCAAAAGUACUUUAUGAAAAUCCAGAACACUGCCACAAAUAUGAAGAGGAUGGAAAAGCUGGUCAAGUGCGGUGUGUUGUCUGUGGCUGGCAAUCAAAUUUUUUUAUCGAUACUCAUAGCCUUGUAAUGCAUGCAUAUAAUGCUGAGAAUCCUGCACUGCGAACAGAUCACUUAGGACUACAUAAAGCAUUGUGCGUUAUGAUGGGAUGGAGUUAUGCCUUGCCACCUGAUAGUGCAAAGUCAUACCAGUCUCUCACAUCACCUGAAGCAGCAGCAAACAAAGAAGAUCUAAUGUUGUGGCCGCCUCUUGUUAUUAUUAACAAUGCAUACAGUGGAAAGAAAAGAGACAGCAUCGGAAAUCGAGAGAUGGAGGAGAAACUCAAAGAACUUGGGUUUAGCGGUGGAAAGCCAAAGGCACUGUAUGGAAAAGAUGGGCACUAUAGAGGCACUGUAGUAGUUAAGUUUUCACCCUCUUCUUCUGGGGUGCGAGAGGCAGAUCGGCUGGUUAAAUAUUUUGAAGUUAAUAAACACGGACGGAAAGAUUGGUUACGAGUGCAGGCUUCAACAACAAAUCAAGGAAAUGAUGAUAAGAAUCCAGAUUUAGUUCAGAUUGAUGAAAAAACUAAGAUGGAAAAGAGGGUCUUCUAUGGUUAUUUUGCGAUUGCUGGCGAUCUCGAGAAACUUGAUUUUGAUAUGAGAAAAAAGGCAAUAAUAAAAAGCAGGAGAGAGAUUGAUGCCACAGCAGAUGGUGUUUGUUAACAUAAUAUGAUCACUUCUGUUGAGGUGCCCUAGUUUUCUUAUAUUUGCUGGGGUGUGUAGAACUUAUUGUGUAGCAUGGUAGUUCAUGCAUAUUUCUAAGAGUUUAGUGAUUGAUAAUGCUGUAGACUGGAUUCUUCUAGCAUGGAGUUGGCUUUGUCAACAAACCGUCAACUUGGUUUGUGAUUUUCGAAUAUUUAUCAUACAAUUUUAAGCAUUUGCCCCCUUGAUUAUUGGUAAA